UUUUCCUGCAGCUUUUUUGAGUGGAGAGUAGGCGAAAGAAGGUCUAUCUGGUGCGAGCCCUGCAUUCCCUUCUGGAGAACCUACAGGAGAGGAUUCUUUACAGGAGAAGCUCAUUUUCUUUCUAGAUAUAACAAAUAUAUAUAUAUAUAUAAAUAUAUAUAUAUAUAUAUACACAUACAAGAGGCAAACAUGUCAACUUCAUUCCCAGGACUGGUCCAUGAUUCAGAGAUACGUCAUGACGGAUCAAACAGCUACCGCCUGAUGCAGCUUGGGUGUCUGGAGUCUGUGGCCAACUCCAGUGUCGCCUAUUCCUCCACGUCUCCUCUAACUUAUUCCACCACUGGAACUGAGUUCGCGUCCCCAUACUUCUCCGCCAACCACCAGUAUACACCAUUACACCACCAGUCCUUCCACUAUGAGUUCCAGCACAGCCACCCGGCCGUCAAUCCUGACGCUUAUUCCUUAAACUCUUUGCACCAUUCCCAGCAGUACUACCAGCAGAUCCACCAUGGGGAGCCUACAGAUUUUAUUAACCUCCAUAACGCCAGGGCUCUUAAAUCCUCGUGCCUGGACGAGCAGAGGAGAGACUUCGGCUGCCUAGAUGCCUACAGGCGGCAUGACUUGUCUCUGAUGAGCCAUGGAUCCCAGUAUGGCAUGCACCCAGACCAAAGGCUCUUACCUGGAUCCAGCUUGGGGAUUGGAGGGGCUGGAGGAGACGACUUCCAGGGAUCGGUGGAGGCCCAGUGUGGACUUGUGCUGAACAGUCAGGGAGGAGUGAUCAGGAGAGGAGGUACCUGCGUAGUGAACCCCACAGACCUCUUCUGCUCAGUUCCCGGCCGGCUUUCUUUGCUAAGCUCCACGUCUAAAUACAAGGUCACCAUAGCAGAAGUGAAAAGACGCCUCUCUCCUCCUGAAUGCCUCAACGCUUCUCUCCUGGGCGGUAUAUUACGAAGGGCAAAGUCGAAAAAUGGGGGUCGUUGCUUACGAGAGAAGUUGGACAGGCUCGGUCUAAACCUACCUGCAGGAAGGCGAAAAGCUGCUAAUGUAACGCUAUUGACGUCCUUAGUGGAAGGAGAAGCUUUGCAUUUAGCCCGGGAUUUCGGAUAUACUUGUGAGACAGAGUUUCCAGCAAAGGCUGUGGGAGAACAUCUGGCUCGGCAACACAUGGAACAAAAGGAGCAGACUGCAAGGAAAAAGAUGAUACUGGCCACAAAGCAAAUCUGCAAAGAAUUUCAGGAUCUACUCAGUCAAGACAGGUCGCCGCUGGGCUCCUCAAGACCAACUCCAAUUUUAGACCUCGAUAUUCAGAGACACUUAACACAUUUUAGCUUGAUCACCCACGGUUUCGGUACUCCAGCGAUUUGCGCGGCCCUUAGCACCUUCCAGACCGUUCUCAGCGAGAUGCUCAACUAUUUGGAGAAGCACACGACAAAUAAAUCUGGGGGGGUGUCAGAAAGCAGCCAAGGAAAUAGCAACUCAGAAAAGGGGCCCCUGAGGAAAGCAUCGGACGUUGUCGUAAAAGACGCAAAGACCGAAAAGACAGACUAACCCGGAACUGAUCUCCUUCAGAGUUCUUUUUGCUGCUGACUAUAUUUUUUAAGAACUGUGUAUCUCUUUCGGUUGGACUAUUUACAAGGGACCAAAAUCACUUACUUUUGAACAUUGUAAAUUCUGUGAAUUUUUCACCUUUUUAGUUGAUUUAUAAAUUCUCUGAAAAUUAUUAUAUAUAAUGAAACAAUAGAUGUUACCUUCGAUGGGUGUCACUACAAAAAAAAAAUUGAGUUUCCAAUAAGGAGACAUUCUUUUUUUUCUUGUUUUUGGAUUUCCUUUUUUAUUUUUUCACAUUUUGCUUUAAUUCGACGUGAGAUGUUUAGGGAUGGAAAAAAAAAAAAAAAGAAACAAAGCACCAUAUUGAGAUGACUUAUAGAGGAUAAUAAAAUUGAAAGCAAUUAAAUUUUA